AUGGCCGAUUCAUCCACACCCGCUGCGAGCGGUGAAGGUGGAGCUCCAGCCUCAGCCGGCGCAGGAGCAGCAGCAGCAGCAGCAGCAGCAGCAGCAGCAGCAGCAGGUGCUGUCGGAGCCCCAGCAGGCGGUCCAAGACGACGAGAACGAGCGCCAGCAACCGGUUUCUUUGAUAAUCCGAUCGUCAAGUCUUUGGCGCAGGCUUAUAUGGUCUACAUCGUCGUGAAUUGGGGUCGUGAGUAACACCUCCGCAAGGCUGGCUCGUCUCUGGGCACGGGGGGGAAACGGAAGGGAGGGAUGCUGAUGCCUCGUUCGGGCUUCAUCCCCUGAUGAUGACAGUACGAUACCUUCCCGGAACAAGUCAACAUGCCAGCGCGAACGGGAUCAAAGCCUUGGUACCUCCAGCCUCCGGAGGCGCACCUUCCUUGGUGCCCGGAGGUGGUGCUCGGUCCAAUCCCGUUACAGUUGGGGAUCAACGCACCGUCACUUCGACGACGAAAGGUGCCGGGGUCGGUGUAGGACGACCUUUGGAGACGUUGGUAGCGGUUUGGGAGGAAGGCUCUUUGCUCGUCAGUUGGUUCUUCGGACGUGGCGCAGAUUCAAGACUGCUCGGCGAGGGUGUAGGCUCAGCUCUCUCUCUCUCUCUCUCUCUCUCUCUCUCUCUCUCUCUCGUUCUCUUGCUCUUCCUAUAGGACGUCAUCGCUCGGUUAUCAACCUCUCUCGACGGUGAUGCAUCGACCGAUGGAGCAGUUUUACCCGAGGUCAAAUGGGACCGAAUCCCGUACGCUUCAGGAUGGGAGACCAAGGUCUUUGAGGCAGAGUUCGAAGUGCCCAAGGUACGUUCCAGGACCCAAGCUCAUUCGCAAGCUGUCUGAUGCGCGCUACUGAUUGGAUGGCGAGUGUUCGAGUAGAGUGUUCAACACAACGCUUCGCUUUAUUUGGAUGUGUUCGUCACUCGGGCCGAUGCGAGUAUCGAUCAAGAGCAGAGGUUGCAUGUUCGGAAACGUAAGUUUUCUCCAUGGACAGAUCCGAGAGAGGAGAGAUCGAUCAGCUACCAAUCAGAUAACUUAUUUCGAAUUCGAUCUCUCUCAGUCCUCACGCGCUACAUGCCGCUUCGCAAAGUGCGCCACGCCAAAAAAUUGAUCGGAUCCUCUAAACCGACCGAAGAGGAAUUGGCGAUCGAAGCGAUCGAAAUUGAACGCGAAAAGAACGAGGUCAAACCCAUCGUCUCCUACUACCACCCCAACGUUACUUUGGAGCUCGUCACGGGAUCGGGCAACGUCUCGUACACGAGCCUACCCGAUCCCUUGAAGGUGCACGUUAGAAAGGCUGGGGAGAGCAAGGAUGAGGCGGGGAAUGGGUACAUGUACCCUGUCCUGUGGGCGAACGAUUUUUGGUUAAUGAAGGAACAUAUGCAGCCGAUCAAUGAAUCGACGAGGUUAGUGACUGAGAUGGACGGAAAGUAUUUCUGCGAGACGGACAGAUCAAUGUUGACUUUCUUCCGUCUUUCGCUUUGCUCAGUCGCCUCCCUAUCCGUAUCGAACUCAAGCCGAUCAGUCACUUCAAGUGGACUAUCUUUGCCACGCUGGAAGACUCGAUGGCCAAAUCGAGUCAAUCUGCCGCGCCGGGGACCGGUGAUGCGUUUGAUGUCAUCAAGAGAAUCUUUGGCAAGUGACAACUCGAGCUGUUAGGAUGAUCAUAACAACAGAGCGUCUAACAGUACGAUGUUUCGAUGUUUCGUUUGCAGUCGAGGGCAACCCUUACAUGCUGAUCGCGACGAUCGUGUGCUCGAUCCUACACAUGGUCUUCGAGUUCCUCGCCUUCACUUCGGACGUCAAGCACUGGCGCUCCAAGAAGGAUCUCGUCGGCGCUUCGGUCAACACCAUCAUCACCAACGUCGUCGUGCAACUGAUCAUCCUCCUUUAUCUGAUGGACCACAACGAGGAUACCUCAAAUGUUAUCCUGUUGACUCAAGGCUUGGGUCUGGCGGUCGAAGCGUGGAAGAUCACCAAAGCCGUCGACAUCUCUGUCGUGCCCCAAACCGCCGGUGGCGUCUUGCCUUACAAACUCCUCAUCAAGGACAAGCACGUUCUCUCGGAGGAGGAGAAGCGCACACAGGAAUACGAUCGCCUCGCAUUCCGCAUUGUAGGUUACGCGACUGUACCUUGCCUCAUCGCGUACACGCUUUACUCGCUCUACUACAACGAACAUAAAGGAUGGUACUCGUUCUGCAUCACCACCGCCGUAUCGUUCGUCUAUGCGUUCGGGUUCGUGCAAUUGGUGCCGCAGUUGAUCAUCAAUUACAAAUUGAAGAGUGUGGCGCAUCUACCGAUGAAGUCGAUGGCGUACAAGUUCUUCGGGACGAUCAUUGAUGAUUUGGCAGCUUUCGUCGUUAAACAACCUUUGGUGAGUCCGAGCAAGCGCGGACGAGGACGCUUGACUUCAAUGCUCACCACCCGAUCGACUCUGCACCCCUUCAGUUUCACCGCCUCGCCGUCUUCCGAGAUGACGUCGUCUUCCUCGUCCUCCUCGUAAGUUCGAAAGUCAAGCAAAUCUUAUGAUCCGUGCUCUCUCUCUCUCCUCGCGCCUUUCGUUCGUGUUGUACUGACACGCACCACGCACCCCUUUUCUGAAAUCGCCGUAGUACCAAAUGUACAUCUACCGCGUAGACCCGACCCGAGCGAACGAGUACGGUCAAAAAUUGACCGAGGACGAAGCCAAGAGGUUGUUGGAGGAGAAGAAGGAGGUGGAGGCGAAGGCCGCGAAAGGGGAGGGGGUGAAGGAAGUGUCGGCAGAGGAGAGGAAGAAACAAUAG